AUCUGAGCCAGAACAGCUUUUACGGACGCAUAAACCGCAACUUUGAGGGCAUAGUGCCCGCCGCCGGCGCUUUGUUGAACAUCGCGGACAACUUCUUCUACGGCGAGCCGGUGCUUUUUGCCAGCGGGUGCCAGUUCUGCCCGUCGGAGAUCGCUGAUGAGAGCACAGUGGAUCCGGGGGAUCUGAGCUUCCAGGCAGGCGGGAACUGCGUUGUGAAGUCUCUUGCUGGCAGGGUUGCUCUGGUAGUGUCGAAGCAGUACCAGCUUGGCAAGGCCAGCCUCGCCAACAACUGCUUCCAGCCCAGCGCCGCCCUCACCUGCUCCGCUCUAUCCAACUCCAACUCUUCAAACCUCAACUCCCCCUCGGCCUCCUCGGCCUCCUCCUCUUCUUCCUCUCAGCGCACAGCAGCAGAGUGCAGGGCAUUUGCAGCAUCACCGACAACGGCCCCUGUGACGGCCACGGCGCCUGCGUGCCGCCCUCCCAGAGCUCCCGGUCCAACUUCACGUGCGAGUGCGAUGCUGGCUACAGUGCGUUCGACAGUGGGAAUGGCUCUAACAUGCGUCAUUCUCACCACCACCACAGUCCCGGCAUCAGGCCUCUCACCGGGAGCAAUAGCGGGCAUCGCUGUCGGCUGCUUCCUCGGCUUCGCCCUCCUCUCCACGACCCUCGCUUGGCAUACUCUUGCCCAAGCGACGCCGCAAGUGGGGCGACCUGGACGUGUGCCACGAGUUCUCCCUGCAGCAGCUGCUACAAGCCACUGACAACUGGGCGGAUGGGAACCGGCUGGGGCGGGGCGGGUUUGCGACGGUGUACCUGGGGGUGUCGCCCAAGGGGGAGAUGUGGGCGGUGAAGCGGUGCAAGAUCAUGACCAACGACUUUGAGAAAGAGGUCCGAGCCAUGGCGACGCUACGGCACGAAAACUUAGUGCGGCUGCUGGGGUUCUGUGUGGACAUGAACGUGGAGAGCGGCAGGCAGGAGCAGGUGCUGGUGUAUGAGUACGUGGACAAUGGCGACCUCAAGCACCACAUUCACAACGCCAACCCCCCUCACCUUCCACCAGCGCCUCAGGCUAGCCCAGGGAGCCGCGGAGGGCUUGGCCUACCUGCACAGCUUCAGCACGCCCAUCGUGCACCGCGACGUGAAGCCGCCAACAUCCUCGUGGGGGAGCGGCCGGGUGGCGGACUGGAGGCAAAAGUGGCGGACUUUGGGCUGCUGAAGCAGCUGACUGAGGGGGGCGGAGAGGGGGAUGCCACUAGGAUAGCAGGCACCCCGGGGUACGUGGACCCGGACUACAACCGCACACGAGUGGUGUCUCCCAAGACUGACGUGUACAGCUUUGGAGUGGUGCUUCUGGAGAUUCUGACAGGCCGGCCAGCAGUGAUGCGUGAAGAGGAUUACCACAUUGCCACGUGGGCAGCCCAGAGGGUGGCAGAAUAUGAGCUGGACCUCCUUAAAGACCCUUCUAUUGAUGCCCCUGAUGAUGCAAUAGUGGAGUUUGCUGACAUCGCGCUGGACUGCCUAAAAAUGCCGUGCACGCGCCGCCCGGAUAUGAAGGACGUGGCACACAGAAUUGACUCCAUGAUUCACAAGUACUGUCUUGGUAAGGGCGAGAAAGAGGUCGCUCCUGGCGAGCCUGUAAUGAGGCCACUCAUUAGCGAGGAUGAGGAUGGUAUUAACGAUUUGGAAGUUGUGGCUAGUGGUAGUGGGCUAACACUGACAGGCACAGAUGUGAGCAGAAUUAACAGUAGCCUUGCGAGUAGCAGUCCCUUGCCUAGGCGGGUGGGUGGGGAUGGAGCAGAGGUAGUAGCUUUCGGGAGUGCCAGUUCAGAUAGCAUAAUGUCUAAAGGCUCGCAUGCUGACCACAGUAUUAUUGAGAAAAGGGUUCACCCCCGCUGAUUUUAGGUGCUACAUUUCAACAUUUUUUGUGCCCUUUCGUCGAAUACCUGCCUU